GUUCCCAUGAAAGAAUCCUGAUCGCCAUCGUCUUGUAGGUGCCACCCCACCACCCCCUGACGGCCGCUGGCAUAAAAUGGAAAGUGUCUGCUUCAUGAAGAGCAUGGACACCUUCCUCUACCGUGACGCCAUGGAGUCAGCAAAACUUCACAACUCGACGCCACAGUUUGCCGGGAUCGGCGUCACACGCCUGGAUAGCUGUGAUCGAAAAUGCGUGACGUCAUUGAAACGCCCCGCCUCCGACGUCAUCGCGAGCGCUGCCAGAGUGACGUCACCGCCCAAACAAGCCCGGCUGUUGGUGAAUGAAAGCCGAGUACAACAGCCUGAUUGCGGUACAGCCCUGUCGUACAGCUCCACCCCUGGCUGUCACGUGGACACAGGUAAACUCCGACACACCGGUCAAGACAAUCUCUGUGUCGCGGGGGAUGUGUCCGCGAGGGGAGACACAACCCCGUACCACAUUAAUCCGGGUCAUCAUCGUCUCCCGGAAGUGACGUCACCGGCAACGAGCCCGAGCUUUAAAGAGGCCUGUCUCCGUCAGAUGCUCCAGGUGUCACAACGCCGGCUCACCGCCUCUCGUGACGACACCUUAAGCGUGUUUGUCCGCGACGCUAAUCCCGGCCCACGCCACUCAUCCAAAGAUAAACACGAGAUGGUCCGCUGCCGGUCACUGCCCAGCCGCAUGACACCGGAAACUGAACGCCAAGAGCCUUCCGAUUGUCUGAACUACAUCGCCAAAACAGAAUUACUCAGAACUCAUUUCUUUUCCUCUUUACAAAAGAUGGGGAGUAAGCUGAAAACUCAGUUAGAUGAGAAUAACGACGAUCUCGAUGGAGAUGAUGAAACACAUGAAGAGGAGGGUGGGGACAACAUGGACUCCUGUCCCCCGACCCCCUCCUCGUGUUUUAUUGACAUCGAAACAGAAACCCCACCUUGUUCACCUUUGAACCUGACCACCCACGUCAACGAUGCGACGCCGAAACAGAAAAACAAUACCCCACCAUCAUCAGAAAACACAUCGUUUGAUACAAAUGUAAACGACUCACCUACGAAACCUGAGCGUCGUAUCUCGACAGACAACAACAACAAAACAAGCACCGAGUCCCGAGAAAAAAAGACCAACUUCUCCAUCGACGCCAUCUUGCGGCCAGACUUUGGCAGUGUCGUUACGCCGACCCAACCCACAAAAUCAUUCCAGAAAAUUCCAGAAAUCUCCGUAGAGAACAUGUCCAAACAGGACUUCAAGUCUACACACUCAGCUUUCACGGCUGUCGACCUCAGCACAAGAUCACGAUCAGAGUCGGUCUCAUCGUCGUCAUCUUCUUCAUCAUCGUCCCCAUCACCGCCGCUUUCAUCGUCAGAGCUCAACGCCCACAAGUGGGAGCUGGGACAACGCCUCUACCUCGAAAGACAAAUGCGGGGUCAGGAAAAUUUCAUGUUUCCUCAGAGACUUUUCCCGAACCCCAGCAAAGACUUGGAAAAUUUUAUCGGACGGCAUUUUCCGUUUAUCCAUCCCACACACGUCAACCCUCUCGUCCAGUUCCCACACAUCUACCCCCCACAGAUGCAGGUGCAAGCACCCCCCACAACAGACCCACGCAAGAAUUAUUUCUCUCCCGAAGGCGUCAUGUCGAAACGGGAGCACCUUCUACAGCAAGACAUCGCCAAGAUGUUUACUCGCUCUCUACAUCCAAUUUUAAACAACACUCAUAAAACCAUUCAAGACACUCUGAAGGGAACUACCAACCCGGCCACCAAACAAUUCCAGAACCCCGAACCUGCUCCAAAAUCUAACUGGCACAGUCCAACCCCAAGACAACACACAGACCUCAAAACUUCACCGAAAAUUACUCCAAAAACUCAACCAUCAAACAUCCAAAAACCGGAAGCGGUAAAUCCAACACCUACUCCUCAGAUCUCCAGCAAAGCCUCCUCCGACAAAUCCAAGCCAGAUCUGAAGCAAGAGACACAAAGCCCAGCAGUCGCCAAGGAAAAACCCACCAAACCUAACGAGAAAUCAGACAAUCCUCUAUGGCCUGCUUGGGUGUUCUGUACCCGGUAUUCUGACCGUCCAUCUUCAGGCCCAAGAUCACGAAAGCCCAAACGGAACAAGAUCCAGGACGAGAAGAGGCCGAGAACGGCCUUCACCAACGAUCAACUUCAGAGGUUGAAGCGAGAGUUCGAUGACUGCCGGUACCUGACGGAAACGCGGAGGAAAAAUCUGGCAGACGAGCUCGGCCUGACGGAGUCGCAGAUCAAAAUCUGGUUCCAGAACAAGAGGGCCAAAAUCAAGAAAUCCGUCGGGGUUCGAAACCCCUUGGCCAUGCAGCUCAUGGAGCAGGGGCUCUACAACCACUCGACCAUCAAAGAAAUGAUGGAGCAGGGCCUAUACAACGAUACCCCAUCUGAAGCUGGAGAUGACUCCAGCUAAACCCAGCUCUGUACCCCUACACCAACCACUUAUCACUUGUACAGAAAUAUAUGCACUUAUACGUUUUCAUUUUUCUUGAAGUAUUUCAGGAUCUAGAUCUAACUUCAUUUAAAAGUGUUGUAAAAAAAGCAUUUAAAUUGUUUUUUAAAUUUUGUUAGAAUAACUGACAUCUCAAAUUAAUUUGGUUUUUCAUUUAAUAACAGAAUAUUUUAAUGCUUAGAAACGAAUUUUAUUUUAGUAAAUAAAAUAAACAGGAUAAUUGCCUCAUUUGUAACACUAUAAGCAGAUUUUUAUUUCCUGAACUAUAAAUAUUCUUUAAACCGGUUUUGGCGUGCAUAUAUCUAUUAAUGUUAUGGUUUUGUAUUUUAAUGUUAUAAUGAAGUUAGCAGACUAUACAUUGGAAUAUAUAUAUAAACACGUAUAAAAUUAUACAGCUUCUAAGAUUAAACGAAUUUUUUUUCUCUGGGUAAUAAAAAUGACCAUCGCAAUGUAUCGACUUCAGUGUUGCAUGUUCUCAGUCCCAUGCAGCUUGCUAUAAAGUUGAAUCGAAUGGUGCGCUCAUUAAAAGAUAAGACGUAGAGAUUCUGGUUCUAGUAGUAACUAUAAACAUUUGGUCAGAAAUAUAUGUCUAUUGAUUUGGGGAAAGCGUUUUAAUUAAUUCAAUUUUAAAAGGCUUGUUCUCACAAGGCUUAAUAUAACAAGACUCUUAGAAGAUAUAGUCUCACUCGUCUUAGUAUUACCAGGCUUAGUUCUAUUAAGGCUGAUGGGUUUUCUUUUUUAUAUUUAGUAGCCUGUAGAACAAAUUUAAUUAUACAUAACAAACUACAAAAAAUAAUAGGCCUACUGGUAAAUAUCAACAUCAUAACUAUUUAACCAGUUUAAGAAACACGUAUAUAUAUAUAUUUUACUGUAAAUACGUACACAUAUUUCCUUUUAUGUAGCCUACAUUUGACUAAUGAUUUCACAUAUAUAUAUAUAAAUGUUGCUAAUAUUUUAUUUAAAGAUAUCGUUAAAUACAUUUGUAUUUUAAAAUGAUUUUACCUAGCAAAAGUGAUCAAGGUUAACCCUAACAGCAAAUUUUACCUUUUCUAGAUGAUUAAUUCACAGCAGUGUUUAUGCUUUAUUGAUUAAGUCGGGUGUUCCGGACUUUAAAUACCGUCUCAGUCGGAUUAAAAUAUCCGGCUGGGCUGAUACGUACUUGUAUAAAGCUGGAUGAAUAUAUAUAAUGUAUAUAAUGGUUAUCUUAUAUUUCCAUUUUGAUAAUUUUAUGUCAUUUUUCUAAAUGUAUUUUGCUUUUUCAUGUAAGAUAUUGUAU